AUGGACGAUAGGUUGAUCUGCUGCGCAAGCAAGCACUUGCAUGAAGCUUGCCAGUGGUGGAGGAAUCGAUUGAAACAUAGUCGGCCCUUCCACUCGGAUCCCUCACUCGAUGUGAAGGCCUGUCAUCGAUACAGCCAGGUCGUUCGACAAAGGACACCUAGUUGCUGCUUGUUGCUGUUGCCAGUGGCGGAUCCGGGGGGCGCGGGGGUGUGCUUGAGCACCUCCUUUGCUCCAGAGAUCAUCCGCGGCCAGGGGCAUGGCAGCGCAGUGGACUGGUGGACCUUCGGCAUCUUCCUGUAUGAGCUGCUGCAUGCGGCGAUGUCGUUCAAGAGGUCUGAUAACAGGGCCACUCUUCACAACGUGGUCGGACAACCGCUAAGUUUCCUGGAGACGCUACUGGUGAGCUUGGUUGCUCAGGAUUUGAUACAGGGACUGCUGGUGAAGGAUCCGAAGAGGAGGAUCACGUACCUCAAAGGGACGACAAAGAUCAAGCAACAUUCGUUUUCUGAGGGGAUCAAUUGGGCUUUGGUGCGGAGAAUUACGCCUCCACACGUUCCUGACUCGAUCAACUUUAGUCAGUUUUGGAGCAAAGAGAAGAAAAGCGCUAAGAGUGGACUUCCAGGUGGGAACACUAGGAACAAAGGCAAUCCCAACGACUUGGUGUAUCAUGAUUUUGAGUAUUUCUAG